AUGGCGGCACCCUCCGCGGGGGAUGUGAACAAGCAGCUGUGGGAUGAGGCUCUUACACGACUCCUCGACCUUUCUACCGCUACGGUCAAGAGGAAUGGAGAGCUUGAGACUCGAGUGACUGAGCUCGAGCUCGAGCUCUCCGUCUGGAAGCAGGCGCAUUCUACCGUGGUUGACCUUGCAGACCGCGAUCGAAAGGCGCAUAACGCGCAACUCGCAACGCUUAAUCGUCAGAUAUCCUCUUUGGGUAUCCUCAACAACCUAGAUCCACUCAUUCUCUGCGUCCUCGACGGGAACGCAAAUAUAUUUAGUCAAUCUCUGCUGGCACAGGGCCAGCAAGGAGGUCGACAAGCAGCACAAGAGCUAACCAAGAAAAUUGCCGAAUAUCUCUCUCAGGAGGAGGUACAGGUCUUCGGACGGCUUUCUUUUUGGGUCACCAUCUACUUUAAUAAACGGCGGCUUCUGAACCUGGUGCUUGGUGAGGCUUUAUGCACCGCCGAUCAGCUUGAGGGAUUCUUGUCUGGCCUUAGCCAGGCUUCUCCACGUUUCCUGCUGGUCGAUAUAGGCCAGGGAAAGGAUGACGUCGACGUCAAGAUAAAGGAAUAUUUAGAGACGUGCUCGCGCCUGCCUCAGACACUCCGAGUGUUCUUCGGCGGAAGCCAGGACGAUAGUUACAUAUCCACUUUUAAAGCACUUGAAAGUGAAGAGCUGACCGGGAAACUUGUAAUAUUUCAAGUCGGGACCCAAACUGCAGAGGAAGUGCAGCAGUUCGCGGUACCGUCCAUGCAGGUCGACGGACUGUUCAUGAUUCGCGAAGCGCUUCAGUGGCAGCGACGGCCUGGCCCGAUUCCUCUGACUGGUUUGAGCAGCACUGUCACCACUAAUGGAGGCCUUAUCAGUCCCCAGUCUGAGACGCAGUCCUCCACGACCGCCCCGAUGCGAACUGCCUGCAGACCUAUCGACCCGACCAAGGCAAGUCGAUAA